AUGUCUCGCAGUACUGCUGCUCACCAAGCCUGGAGGGACCCACACCUCCCCCAGCUAUCACCUUGGACCUCGUGGAAAUCAUGGGAUACUCUGGCUGUCGAUCUGCUGAAUAUACCAAAAGAAGUAAAUACUCAUGAUGUCUAUGAUGGUUUUGGCAAAGAGGGCAACAUCAUGCAUAUCGAUCUUUGGGAGAAUUUAAAGGGGGAACCGGACUCCAAAGGUCGCAUUCGAUUUAGACCACCACCCGAGAAAGCUUUCUGGGCCAAUGGCCCCUAUCGCAUCAGACUCCGGAGCGGGGGUUACUAUGACCUCUUCCUUAAACUCAGCGACUCUCACCCUCAUACUAUUCCGAGCCCAGUGCGACCAGCGGUACAGUUGCCAAUUGAAAUUGAACUCAACACGACUCAAGUUGACAUCGGCGUCCUCUUGAAUGAGUCCACUGUUCAUUUCAUGCAAAGCUUUCCCGGCUCUUCCCACCCAAGAUUUGUUGUAAAUGUCAAACUAAAGUGCUUGUUCAUUUAUUUAAAGGUGGGAAUCCGGGGAUCGGACAAAUCUGAGUUAAUUCAGCAGGACUAUCGCAUCAAGAUCACAUUUCUUCAAUUAUCCGAGGUUUUUGAACAGGCCGAUCAGAAGCAAACCUCUCUCUUCAUUAUCCUUGAUUCAGCCGUCAUCUGUCACCGGAAAGUGAACAACAUUCAAUUUACCUUUACCGAGCCCCGAAGCUGGAGAGAAGAAGAUGCCUGGUAUCGCCAGACUUCGGUGGCCCAUAACCCGAGUUUCCUGAGGAAUGUUCCCACAAAUCUGAAGAAGUCAGGCCAAGUGAUUGACCUUGGGCGAUGGAACGUCUUCAAGAUCACAUUAGCACCUGAGCCGACCACAGAUCCCAAAUUAUAUACGAACUACACCCGCCCUCUCAUACGAAUGCGGGAAAUCUUCAAGGACUACAACAUUACUGUCAAAAUUGGAAGCCACUUUACCGAGAGCCCACAUCGACCAGUUCCGGUGUGGCAAUGGAUUGACUUCUCUGAGUCUGGUUCCCAAAGGAAUUCUGCGCUGUUGCAAGACUUGGGGAACGAGACCUACGAGCAUCUUCCUUUCGAGGUUCGAUACCAACUAGAAGUUUGCUUAUCCCAAGGAUACCUCUCUGAAUACACCAUGACUCGUGAUUUUAUCCGAGAAUUGAAAGCCCGGGGCGACGUUCAGGGAAGAAGACUGCUAGAAUUUGUGGCUACAGAGAAAAGAAAGUACCUUGACCCCAUGAGAAUAUUUGACUUCCAGUUUCUUAAAGGUGUCACCGACUCGAAAAUUCCCGGCUAUUGCUGUUACAUGCACACAGCACGAGUAACACCGACAACAAUUUACUACAAUACCCCAAGUGUAGACAUCUCAAAUCGUGUUGUACGUGGAUGGUCGAGCAACCAUAGUGCUGGUAGAUUCCUACGUGUUCGAUUCACCGAUGAGAAGACAGAAGGCCGUAUCAAUUCUUCCAUUGGCAAUUCUAAUGAUGAGGUUUACACCCGUGUUAAAAGGACACUGGCAAACGGCAUCACCAUUGGAAGUCGUCACUACGAAUUCCUUGCAUUCGGAAACUCACAGUUCCGUGAGCACGGCGCAUAUUUCUUCUCUUCGGAUGCCGGUGUCUCAGCAGCGACCAUCCGAGCUUGGAUGGGUCAAUUCAACCACAUUCGAAACGUCGCAAAAUAUGCCGCAAGGCUCGGUCAGAGCUUUUCGACUACUCGUGCAUUCACUUCAUCUUCGGUCCAGGCUGUGGUACGCAAUGAUAUUGGGCGCAACGGUUUCACAUUCUCAGAUGGCGUUGGAAAGAUAUCCAAGUUCCUUGCUCAGUUGAUCACUGAAGAGCACAAGAUUAGGACUUCCACUGGAGAUCCCCCCUCGGCAUAUCAGUUUCGCCUCGGCGGAUCAAAAGGCAUACUCGUCGUAUCCCCAGAUCCUCUGCCGAAGGAGGUACACAUCCGUCCCAGUCAAUACAAGUUCGAGGCAAAGCAUCAAGGACUUGAGAUAAUCCGUUGGUCUCAGUUUUCUCUUGCAACAUUGAAUCGCCAAUUGAUUCUUGUGCUUACUGCUCUGGGUAUCCCGGACCAUGUCUUCCAUGCUAAACAAAAUGCUAUGUUGAACAGCUUUUAUGAGGCCAUGUCCAGCGAUGCUAAGGUGACAGAGCUACUUCAGAAAUACAUCGACCCAAGCCAGACAACUCCCAUCCUUGCGAAAAUGAUCAACGAUGGCUUCCGCAGGGCCAAUGAGCCGUUCAUGAAUACCAUGCUCGGUCUUUGGAAAGCAUGGCAUCUGAAGCAUCUCAAAGAGAAAGCCAAGAUUGUCAUAGAUGGAGGUGCCAACCUGCUUGGCUGCAUUGACGAAACAGCUACUCUGAAAGGCUAUUUCAAAAACACUAUUCCUGCAAAUGGAUCAUACGAGGAGAAAAUGGCUGCUUUGCCUGAGAUAUUUGUUCAGGUCUGCCGCCCAGAAGAAGAUGGUAGAUACGAAAUCAUCAAAGGCGUCUGUAUUCUGGCUCGAAACCCCUCACUUCACCCAGGUGACAUACGUGUGGUGAGAGCAGUGGACCGACCCGAGCUGCGGGAUCUCCGAGACGUCGUCGUUCUUCCUCAAACUGGCGAUCAGGACGUUGCGAGCAUGUGCUCUGGUGGUGAUCUAGAUGGUGACGACUACCUCGUCAUUUGGGACCCCGACCUGAUUCCCACUGAUUGGUUCACUGAGUCCAUGGACUACAAGUCAAACAAAGCUCCAGACCUCAAUCACGAUGUGACAGUUGAUGAAGUCACAUCUUUCUUCGUCACCUACAUGAAGAAUGACUGUCUUCCAAAAAUUGCACAUGCCCAUAUGGCUUGGGCUGACAGGCUUACAGACGGUGUGCGAUCAGAAAAGUGCAUCCGCCUGGCGAAACUUCAUUCUGAUGCCGUUGAUUACAACAAAACUGGCGGGCACGCAGUCAUGCGCCGCGAUUUGACUCCAACGCUAUGGCCUCAUUUCAUGGAGAAGCGAUUCAAGAGAAAGGAAUGUAUCUACCGUUCUCGCAGAAUUCUCGGUCAGCUGUAUGAUAAUGUCAUCGCCCCCGACUUCGUUCCCAACCUUGCCAUGCCUUUCGACUCGCGAAUCUUGAACGGCUCGUUAGCUGCUGCUAGUGAAUUAUACAUGAACUUUGCCAGAGCUCUCAAGGUAGAAUGGGACAUGAAUAUGCGACAAGUCAUGGCUCAGUACGAGAUCAGCACCGAGUUUGAGGUGUGGUCAACGUUUGUUCUCCGUCAUGGCUUUGUUCUCAAAGACUUCAAGAUGCAGGAGGACCUAGGAAAGAUUGUCGGUAACAUGCGGCGCGGAUUCCGUCAAGCCUGCUAUGAUAAAGCUGGUGCGGACCACAUUGCUUCCUUGGUCGUUGCCAUGUACCGCGUUACCGAAGAGCAAAUGACCGCCGCCAUCGAGGCUCAGAAAGAAGAGAAGCGUCUUCGAGAAGAUCUUUCAAUUGUUGACAUCCCUUCCACCGAGCUCCCAUUCAUUACCUUCCCUUGGAUUUUCCCGGAAGUUUUGGGUGAAAUUGCCAUGGGCAAGCGACAAGCCUCGGGGGCCGGAACGUCUGGUGUUCAUGAUCCCAGUUCCACUGAAAAAAAGCCGAUAUUUGACUGGACCCAGGUUCAGAAAAUUGUUGGGGGCAUGCAAGACAAUGUCACUACCAAGCUGAUAGUAGACCAGGUGUCUGACUCGACAAUGUUGAACGAGGAAAUCGGCAGCGGACAUCGCCACAAGUCUAGUGAAGACCGAGACUCAGGUGUGUGGCUGGAUGAGGAUGACAAUGAAGACGAUGAAGAUGGAGGUGUUCGACUGACCAGCAAUGACAAAGACGAAGACUUUUCAUUUGAGCCGGUUGAGCCAGUUGGGCCAGUUGCAGAUGAGAAAAUGGAAAUCAAAGAAAAAAUUGCCGGAGAUGAUGAACUCGAUAUUGUGGAGAAGGAAGGUGAUGUGAAGCCUUCAGCUCUUGACACUCUGAUUAGCAUGAUAAAUACCUGA